GGGGGCACAUUGUAAUUUAGCUCACUUCAAAUCACACACUCGUACUUUCCAGCACUAUUUUUUCCGAAUUAUAAAACCCAAUUUUCCUGUCCAACAUGGCGCUCGUUUACGGAGUGGAGAAAAAGACGGUGCCCACCUACAUGAAGUACGUGAUGGGCGGAACCUCCGGAAUGCUGGCCACCUGCAUUGUUCAGCCGAUGGACUUGCUCAAGACCCGAAUGCAGAUGUCCGGAACUUUGGGCACUCGCGAGUACAAGAGUUCCUAUGAUGUGCUUUCAAAGGUGUUGAAGAACGAGGGCAUCCUAUCCCUCUACAACGGACUGAGUGCGGGACUGAUGAGACAAGCGACCUACACCACGGCCAGGAUGGGUGUCUACCAAAUGGAGUUGGACUGGUAUCGCAAGAACUACGAAUGUGAUCCUUCUCUGGUGGGCAGCAUGACAAUGGGCGUAGUAGCUGGAGGCUUUGGAGCCAUGUUUGGUAAUCCUGCCGAGGUGGCCAUGGUACGAAUGAUGUCCGACAAUCGUUUGCUGCCAGAGGACAGACGUAACUACAAGCAUGUGGGCGACGCCUUCGUGAGGAUCGUUAAGGAUGAGGGCGUGGCCACGCUCUGGCGUGGAUGUAUGCCCACUGUGGGUCGUGCCAUGGUGGUCAAUAUGGUGCAACUGGCCUCGUAUUCCUGGAUGAAGGACCAAUUCCGUGGCCAUCUCAGUGAAGGCAUACCUCUUCACAUGAGUGCCGCUGUGCUAUCUGGCUUGCUGACCACCCUGGCUUCAAUGCCGCUGGACAUGGCCAAGACGCGCAUCCAGCAGAUGAGAACGAUCGAUGGCAAGCCGGAGUACAGUGGCACCUUUGAUGUCCUGAAGAAGGUGCUGAAGAACGAGGGAACACUCGCCAUGUGGAAGGGAUUCACACCCUACCUCAUACGCAUGGGUCCACACACGGUCUUUUCGUUCGUCUUCCUGGAGCAAAUGAACAAGGCCUACAACAAACAUGUGCUCGGCGAUUCACCAUCCGAUUCGACGUCUUAGGACAAUCUAUCUGAGUCAUACACAACCCUGUGUCAACUUUUUCACCCACAAACAGAUUGAAAUUAAUCCGCUAUGCCUCUGUAAUAUGUG